UAUAUAUAUAUAAUAUAUACAGAUAUAUAUAUAUAUAUAGUGCGCGUUUUUUUAUUUACGUAUACUCGCCUCCGGUUGAUAUAAGAAGAAAUCGCGCGCUCCCUCUCUUGACGCGAGUUUGGAAAACGCGCGCGUUUUCUCGAAAGCGAUCGUCGACAACUUCACGCCGCCGCGCGGUCGCUCGCGAUUUGUCCGUCGCGCUUCUGACGCGACACGCGACGCGUAUGUCAUCGCGCGCGCGGGAAAAAGAGGGAAGAAGAACGAAGAGGGAAAAGGGAGCUUCGAAGUGUCGGGGAAGCGGCGGCGCGCCUGAUGAACGUGGAGAUGAGAGGAAGAGUAGUGCUUCGCCGGUAGCUUCCUUACGCUCUUCCGUUCGGUCAAUAAUCAUUCAUCGGUCAGUGUCAGUUCUUGAUUGUAUUACGACGCGGUUUGCCGGAAUUUCCUCGCCCGGGCUUCAUCCUCACGCAGCAUCGACGUUCGAACUCUAAAGCCGGAGGAGAAUCCCUCAAUCUUUCUUCUUAUUUUUCGUUUCUCACUGGAAUUACUAAGGAAGACGCGAUCGAGAAAAGAAGAAAGCGAACACAAAAGAAGUGUGAAGACGGAAAAAGUACACAAGAAAGAGAGAAAAAGAGAAAAAAUAGGAGCAAAGAAUAGAAAGGAAAUGCUUCUAUUGUUAGAAUCAUAAAAAGGGCUAAACAAUAUUUUACAUUGUAAACUCUAGAUGUCAAAAUAACACAACGCGACGCAGGAGACCUGGUGCAUUGCAAACAUGAUAUUGUGUCUGACUAUUAAAUCAGACAGAAGCUGAAGAACAGAAGCUGCAAGUAUUUCGGUAUGCGGGAAAAAGGAAUAUAUCCUAAUAUCUCCAAGGAAGAAUUAGACAUCAAGAAAGAAACAGAGAAAGAAGAAAUAUUUUCCAGGGUCCAGGACUAAAGAAAACAGAAGCCCGAAACGACGAUUAAACCAAAAAUCUCAUGUUGCAGAGAAAAUAAACGGAUGAUCGUCCACUCACCGCAAGAGAUUCAAGAGCCUACUAAAUCACCAAAAAAUAUACCUAACCACCUGCUAAAUAUAAUAAUUGAAUUUAGUAUCGGAAACGUGUAAUCUCGAGGAAUUUUCUGGUGCGUUUCUCUUCCAAACAUAUUUUUAUCAUGAGACCAAUAUUAUGAAACACAUCAACCUAGAGCAACCAGAAUUUCCCUUAUACCUGCUUUUAUUUGGGAAAGUUGCUUCUUGUCGCAACAGUUGCGUGAAGUAAAAAAAAAAAAAAGAAAGAAAGAAAGAAAAAAGAUAUCCAUGACAAUCGGGUACAAUUAUUCGUCGCAAUAAACAACAGCGCUAGUCAGCUGUGGAACAAACAAGCCUUACGUACGGUCGAGGCACUCAGUACUACGGCUACGGUGAAAGUGCGAAUCGAAAGACAGGCGAGGGUGUUUGAGGGUGGCUUUGUGAGGAGUGAACACGAUAGCACCGCGAGCUGCGAGUCCUAAGGGGACGGAAGCCAUGGCGGCCUCUUCGUCCUCGUCGAGCGGUGGCGAGCAGCAGUACUCGCUUAGGUGGAACGACUUCCACCUCAGCAUUCUCAACUCAUUCCGGUGUCUGAGAGAGAAAGAAGACUUUGUCGACGUCACGCUUGCCUGCGACAGCUGCACCUUCACCGCGCACAAAGUCGUUCUUUCGGCCUGCAGCCCAUACUUCCGCGACUUGCUAAAGGCAAAUCCAUGUCAGCAUCCAAUUGUAAUCUUGAGGGACGUAGCAUCGUCGGACAUGGAGUCCUUGCUACGCUUCAUGUACAACGGAGAGGUGCACGUAGGUCAGGAGCAGCUGCCUGCCUUCUUGAAGACAGCGCAGAUGCUUCAGGUAAAAGGAUUGGCGGACGUUAAGAGCGGCGUUUCCAGUACGAAAAUUCCAUCGUCGUCGGCCGGCAACAACGGUAGCGCGCCUGCAACCCCACGUAAUUGGCAGGACAAUGGUAGAGGAGACCUCAAUGAAAGUGAUAUGAGUCCUCCGGAAAAGCGACCGAGAAGUUGCAGUCCGCCAUUGGACAACCACGUCGAACAGAAAUUGGAUCUGCAAGAAUCCUUGUUAGGUCAGGCUCUCGAAGGUGGACCCACGAUACACACGAUACCUACGAAUAAUAUACAGUCGACUGGGGAGGAUUCGAAUUCUAUGUCUGACAAUGAAGAAGACAUAUCGAAUAACGGCAGCAUCCUGAACACGGUGAAGACUGAACCGAGUGAUCUUCUAAACGACUCUAUAGAUCAUCAUCGCAACAGUUUUCCUGCGGCAUUAUUGGGCCUUCAAGGGAUGGGGCUGCCAGGUCCGUCAGGUAUGCAUCAAGUGGCGAAUCAGGACCCAAAUUAUGGAUCGGCGGUGCCGAAGAGGGAAGAAGCCGCGAUGACGGCCUCCGCCAGCGAAACCACACAGGCGGUGGAGAAUUUCGCGAGGCUCUACACGGCACUGCGCCACGACGACGCUAGGCCUCUGUGCCGUUACUGCGGCCGUAGCUACUCGUCGCCGAGCAACCUGAGGCAGCACGUGAAAAACGUCCACUCGAACUGGCCGCCACCGGACACGUGGCCGCAGUGCAACGUAUGCGGCAAACGGUGCAAGACCAAGCACUACCUGAUCAAUCAUCAGCUGCAGGCGCACGGGAUCCAUCAGCGGCCUAGUAUGAACAAUCCCGCGACCCAGCAGCAGCAACAGCAGCAUCAGUCGCCGUCCUCGUUGCCAUGAGUACGUUUGGUGUCCGAGAGUCGUCGGGACGCCAAGUUUUCGCCGAUUGCCGAGAGACUUUAGCCUCGAUGAUUGGAAAUCGCGACGAGUUUGGGGAUUCCCCGUUAUCGCGGCUGCCGCCGUUACUCGUCCGAAUAUUAUUUCGUCCAUUUCGAGGCUUCGCCAGAACUGACGGAACGCGAAGCUUUUGUAGGUGGUCGAUACAGGGCAGCGAGAGAAAUACGUGCAUUUCCGAUAAUGUUGUUAGGCGGCCGUUUGGGCAUUAGUCAGGGUUAAUGAUUGAUAUCCCCCAUCGCGGACACAAUGUUGCUUUUACAAUGCGAGGACCGAAUGUGCACAAUGGGUGGCUUUUGACGGAAAUUGCCUAUUCCGCUAUUUGAUUUAUAUAUGAUUUAACCGCAUUAAAUUGUGUUUUUUGUUAUGGACAAUUUUAUUUUUAUUUCUCCUUAUGUAGAAAUCGCGUAUUACAAAUGAUAACGUGCUGGAUGAAGCGUGAUGUAUUCAUUAGCGUCGUAGCUAGAUAUGAUUUAGCUCUGUGAUAUAACUUUGAGAUUGUGAUUCGACGUUGAUAGCAUUACAGUCGUAAUGAAAUCUUUUAUUUGAAAAAUGAGAUACAUUGAGAGGAACUGCGUGACGAAAAAGAACAAAACGAAUGUAAAAUUAUAAUUAUUAUUUCUAAUUAUGACAAAUGAAUCGAACGAGCUGCGUGUUUUGCAAUUUUAUGGACGGCAAAUUAAGUCCAUGCCCAAACGCAAUACAAAAAAAAAAAAAACGAUACGUACAUACUGAUUUUUUAUACGACAUGAGAAAACAAAUGAUUGAUCGUCUGAUGUCUCAACGUGACGCUCAAAAUCAAUUAAAUGUAACGAGAAAUGUAUACGAUAUCGAAUGAGUAUACGAAAGUUGAUCGAAUGCAUAAUUUUAAAUAAUACGAGAUAAUUACGUGAACGUAUAAUUAUAACUGAUCACGUGAUGGGAGAUUUAUUACAAAUCUGGCAUACUCGAUUGUUUGCAAAUUCAUCGACAAGCCUUGUUGAUAAAACACCUCGAACACCUCCGCUACCUUUCGCCGAAAAUCCAGAUACUCUUAUUUAGUGUAAAAGAUCUUCAAUCUCUGCAAAAUAUCCUAAUUUUCCCAUUUAAAAGAACAUGAUUAAAUGGCAAUGUCAAUUGUCCAUUUUCUUGCACGAUACAGACUCCUUCCAACCAUGUUUAUAAAAUAAUUAUAUCCCGUAAAAAAUCUUGACAUGCGCGCGAUAUAUCGCAUUUUUAUUUUUUGGUAGAAUUUUAUUUAAAUCGAGUUUAUUAUAUAAUCCGAUUAUCCUAGCUAUGUGUCAACAUCUGCCAUGCUCUUAAUUAUGUGAUAUAUCUAUUUGUUAUAAAUGUUUAUUACUAUAUACUGAAAGUAUGAAAGAUAUAACAUGUAUAUAUUUCAAUGAUCUUGAUGCGACUUUUAUGUUGAAGACUAUUUCACGUGAGAUAUUAUUUUCAAUACAUAUAUAACAACAAGUACUUAAAAAAAAAC